UCAGUCGAGCUUCGAGCUUCGACCGCGAAGGUUGCCGGGCCACGAAUUCAUCGCAGGUGUAACGCUCUCCGCGAUUUUCGGUAUCUAUCCAUGGAUCGUUCCUGGAAAGAAAACGAUUCACUUUUGGCGCAAUCUUUACACGGAAAUAGACGUUUGCUAGAACUCGACCUGGACUAUUUGGAAAGGAGAGGAGGCGAGACAAUAACCUGCGAAAACGCUGAAAGCGGAUCGAAAGAAGAAGAAAGCCCUGCAGACACUCUGGAUCGUGUCAAAGUCGUAUUUCUCGGUGCACCUGGGGUAGGCAAGUCUAGCAUCAUUAGGCAAUUCGUGUGGAGCGAAUUUUCCGAGGAAUACAAGCCAACCGAGCGCAGGGAGACCUUCUAUCCGAGUGUGGUACUCGCCGACCGAUUGUACGAGCUAAAAAUCACGGAUCUACCGACGAUCCCGUAUUUUCCGGUCAGCUCGCACCUCGAAUGGACCGACUUCCGUUAUUGUGGUCUGCGAAGUGCGAACGCUUACGUACUUGUGUUCGACCUCAGCAAUCAGGAGACAUUUCAGUAUAUUAGAACGUUGCGAGAGCAAAUUUACGAAGGUCGAGAAAUGAGGGGUGUGCCAUUAUUAGUAGUCGGAAACAAGCAAGACGAAUUAUCGCCUGCAGUUGCUUCCGGAAGUAGGUACAGGGACAUCGUCAAUCUUGUCCGGAAGCACUGGCAAUGUGGCUACGUCGAAUGCAGCGCCAGAUUUAACUGUCGUGUUGUUCAGGUGUUUCGAGAAUUAAUGAAGAACAUCCAAGCAGUCGAAGGUAGACCACCCUCGCCGUCGUCUGCACCCAUGCAGCCUUUACGAGCGCAUCCCCACGACACCGGAGAAAAGUGCAUUCUUCUCUGACAUUAAAAACAAAGAAUGAGCGUACUCGUCUUCUGCGACAAUAUUAUCAGAAGAACUGCUUCCUUUCUUAUCGCGAUGCAGGGUCGUAGUUAACUUAAAGGCGAAAGUCGAAUGUAAACGAGGGGAAGGUUCGAUCUCGGAAGAGAGUCGGGAAAAGUUGUAACAUAAAAGCUAAAUUUUACCGAGUAUUCUAAAGCAAAUAACUCCGGACACGUUCCAACAGCUUCUAAAUCGAAGUGAAAACACCCGAACCGUUUCCACGGUUCACCGUUCAAUCGUAUAACAUACGACAUUGUGAUCGUUCAAACUAUUGUAAUGUCUCAUGAAAAAUGCAUUCGUUUCUCAUUGGUUUAUCGAGCAAUUUCUAUAAUCUUACAUCGAUCAUUACAAAUCUCAUAUAUUUUUGUUAUGUCUGAACUUUGAUACCGGACGAGAAUCAAUACGAACAGAAAACAAGAUAUUUUUCUGAUUAUUCGGUUUCAGUUAGGCAAUUCGAUCAUUUGUUUAUUUCCAAACGAAAUAUGCAUGUCCUAUAGCUAGUGAAAUUUUCGUGCUCACAAUCAACAGUAUUAGUAAUUUAGCGACGAUAUGGAUACCGAGCGUUUCUGAGCCGCGUAUGUGAACGUGUGACCCAGUGAAACUACCCGCCGCGUAAUUUUAACACUGUGAGAAAUACAAUCUUGUUGUACAAUUGUAAUCGCUCGUUCACGAUGAAUGCUACGAGAUGAUUGCAAAUGUGUAUCGCGUACUUGACACUGACUGCCGAAUCCCUUUCUAUCUACGUACGGUUUCCUUUAACAUUUUACUUUUAUAAUUCGCUCUGUAAAUACAGCAUGUAACUCUACUUUCUAUGCAAAGCGAGGAAUUUCAUUCUGUAAAUGACACUCUAAACACGCGAACGCCUGUUCAAAUUCCCUCUGCAAAAUGUUACGCGCUUUGUCGAAGUUCUUUCGCAGUUUAUACACGUUCAGUAUGCCAUUCUCGGUAAUGUCAUUUACAGAUUGAAAGUUGUCGCUCUGCGCACACGGUUUGCCAAAAAAGUAAUGAGACUGUGAGAAGUAAACGAUACGUGUAACAUACACAUUUCAAUUAUUUCCUUCGCGUUCAGUGUUUACCCUCGCUCGAAUUUUAUUAUUAUAUUCCGUAUACUUUUAAGAUUCUAACGAUUAUUUUUUGCACAGUUAAAUUUGCGUCGUCUAAUUUUUGUCAGAUACUAUUACAGAAAACAAAUUUUAUAGAGCGUCUUCACAUUGAAUAAGUAGGUUCUAACUGCAAUUUUGAAAAAACGUUUACGAUUGGAAAACAAUAAUAUGUGAUGCCGGAAUAAAUUAUCUGGAGAUACAAAAGACACGCGCGAUUGUGUGGACAAAUGACUUUUGAACACAGUGUACAAAAGAUGUAAACAUUUCGAACGACUUUUACAAGAAAUCAUUAUUAUACGCAAACAAUGUUUACGAGCUUCAUUUGUUACUAGACACAUACAUUUUUUUAUAACAACUUUUUAUACAAACACUUCACUGAGAAACAUUGCCAAUACUGAAUUCCCUGUUAAGUUUAUACUUUGAACACAGCAAUACUAUCAUUACAGACACACGUACACUGCAAUCAUUUAAUCAUUAUUUAUGAUAAUAAGACAUUUUCGAUGUAACGUAAUUUCAUUCCUAUUUUAUGUCCGUUUAAACUUCGUUUUCUUAUUUCCAAAAAUAACAAAAGUGUAUGAUCUUUAUUUAAACGAUAGAAAUUUAGUGUCUCGUUACUUUCCUGUGAUAUACAGGGUGGGCCACUAUUUUUUCUCAAGAUCAUUUUCCUUUUUAAAACAUCUCAAGAUUAUCAGUAUUUUUUUGUUUUAAAUCGAACCAUGUAUUUUUUUGUUUAUAUUCUUAUAAUUUAUACUCUAGGUUUAUAUUCUUAAAAUGGUAAAAACCACCUACGACAAUCUACCGUUCAGUUUAUCUGAUCUUAAGAUAUUUAUGUAAUUGACAGUAAUAAUUGAAACAUCGGACGUUAUUGAAAUGAAUAUGUUAUUCAUUCUUCAUUAUUCCUAGACGAAACUGUAAAGUGAUUCAAAUGCAUUUUAUGCAUUUUCAAUGUCUUAAAUAAGCGGUGCUUUUAUGCAGUUAAAGAUUUUCAACCCCUAUUUUUCUCCACUUUAGGAAUUUCCUGUUACUAUGAGAUAGUUUAAACAAAUUGAUAAUGUGGACUCUAAAAGAAUAUACGGUUCCAUAAAAAAAAGUAAAAAGCUCGUAAAAAGCUGUGCGCCUUAAAAUAAUUAGUAUAACUUCAUCGUCUAAAACUUUUUCAUGCCACCCAAUAAUAAUGGAAAUAUUUACAGGUGCCCUACCCUGUAUAUAACAUUUGAAUCGUAUGUGAAAGACAGGAUGAGAACUUUGUACAAAUGCAAAAACAUUUUGUUUCCUGAUUCAUUUAGAUGUGCUAUCCAUAAAUAGAGGUCUUUCCAACUCAUUGUUUCAUAUGUAUAUACUGUUUAUACUAUUUAUAAUUUUUCCUUAUAUUGUAUUCGAAGUAAAUAGAAUGAUUCUACAAUCUUGAUUUAUUUCCAGCAAUGCAUUCGGCCUAAUGAUAAUAGUAAUAAAAUAAUGAUAGUAAGUAUAACGAUUACACUAACAAUAGCAAACAAAUAAAUGUAACAAUAGCGUGUUAUUGAGAGUUACCUCAGAUCAAGCAAUAGCGUAUACAAUAUACAUAUAUUUUACUAUACUGUUAAGGAAUUAAUCGGUAAGUAGAUUGUAAGCGUAGUUGUUGCUAUCACAAAGUGUUGCGCAUAUACGCUAUCGGCUAUAAGUACAAAAAGAACGACUAAACAUACGCGUUCAAUCUUUUGCACGUUUUCCUAAAAAAAUUAUUCGAUAAUUUCAACAUCAUAUUACGAAAAGAAACAAAAUUAUGAUUCAAUUUAUGUUUCCAUUUAUUUUGCAUUAUUCUUAACUUGAACUACGAACUCUUCAGUACGUUCACAAAUUAAUCGGAGGAUAAACAAUUUUAAUAAUGUGGAAUUCAUAACGUGAUGCGAGUACAAUAUAUUCUCUCAAAUCAUCCGUCAGCUUCUAAACAGAAAUAGAUAAUUUUGGAAGAGAAUUUUAUAGUUUGCCGAUUGUCAACAACUGUAUGUCUGUAUUUUUGGAAACUCACAAAUUUCUCGCAGGUUGGAAACGUUUUAGUGGUUUAGAAUCAUAGUGGCGUAAGUCAAAUUUUCCUCAUUGUGAGAAAUAAGGAGCGUUAAUUAAUAAUCAAAUUCAUCGUUAAGAUGAUUUAGAGUUAGGUUCAUUUAUAAUAACUUUAUAAUUUAUUUAUAAAUUAUAUUUAUCUAUAAUUUAUCUAUUAUUUAUUUAUUAUAGUUUAUUGUUAAGAUAAUUUCGAGUUAGGUUCAUUUAUAAUGACUUUAUAAUUUAUUUUACCCGUCUUUUUAACGUUUUUGUAUGCAUAGAUUACAUUUUAAGAAAUAAGUCAAAAUUUUCGAGGGAGCAACGUAAGCAACUUUGAUUCCUCAUAAAAAAAAAAUUAAAUUCGGUAAAAUAUGUUAAGUACCCGGUGUCGAUUGCACAUUCAUUUACAUUCUUGACAAUUUUCAAAUUAUAAUCUAUAGUCGUUCGAAUACAGCCGAUAGUAGAGAAUUAUGUGUGCAAGUUUAUGAAGUGCAUGUUACUGUUGUUAUUGUUUAUAUCGAUUUUAAGCAGAACGCAAUAUUUUCCGCCGUUACCUACCGUAACACAGAUGACGUCAAGUAACGUAUGUAUAUUGUUGAAAGAUUUCCCGCCAACUUUUACGUUCGAUCGGACUGGAAAAACAGCCGGUCGUUAAAAUUGUAUAAUUACACGCGUAGGUGAUGCAGAUUAUACGUAAAUGUUGAAUACACCGUAAAUCAAGAUAGCGUCUAAUUACUUAACAUACAAACAUGUGUUCGUUGGAAAUCUUUGUACCGGAAUAGAUAGAAUCUAGAAGAAAGUAAUUUACGACGUGAUUUGUACAGAAUUGAGCGUCGAGGAAGCGUCGUUUUACAUACAAAAUGUACAUUAUUUUGUAUGCAGAAGUAACGCGAUAGUAAACUGCAAACUAAAGUAUAAA